CUGGUGGUGUCCUUCGCGAAGGAUGUCACCAGUCUGGUGGUACUCGGUGUUUCGUUCGCAGGCAGUCUCUUUCUCGAAGGAGCUUGCCUGUUUCGCUGUUCUUGGUUUCCGUUUCAUCAUUUUCAUGGGCUAAGGCUUGAGCGAAACAACGGGCCUCGUUUGUUGUGCGCACAUGAUGCUUGUGUUUCGUUCCUGCAGUCUGUGGUUCUUUGUUUCUUGGUGGAUGAUUCGUAUGCUCCCAUUGUCCUUGAUAUCUUCUCAUUGCUGCUGACCUUCCAUACACCUCAUGGCCCGUGCACCAUGUCUCACUCUCCCGUUACGCGUUUCACAUUUGUUCACAUGUUCUUUCACUGUCAUUGUUGACGCACAUGUCUCAUGAGCCAUUUCAUAACGCUCCUCCUUUUGGACGGCACUGAUUCUUAUUAAGGAGUCAU